UUUGUUCCUGAAAAAUCUCAAGAAAUGUCCCUGUUCAGCCAGUUCUUCCGCCGAACCAUUUCCCAAUCGGCACCUCAAAAGGCAGCGGCCUCGUCCGGACCAGCCUCUUCCGGUCCUCCAGGCUCCUCGCACAAAACCUGGAAGCAGCUGUCCCUGUUUGUGGCCCUUCCGGCGGUCGCCCUGGCCAUGGCCAACGCGAUAUCCUCGGUAACGGCCGAGGAGCACGAGCGGCCGGAAUUUGUCCCGUACGAGCAUCUGCGAAUCCGAACCAAGCGGUUCCCGUGGGGCGAGGGCAAGAAGAGCCUGUUCCACAACGGUGAAACCAAUCCGCUGCCCGAGGGCUACGAAGACGAACUGAACGGUGAAAGUAGCAUUAUGGAUGUGGACUAAACAUUUCCAAGUUUCACUUAAAUUUGCAUGUUCGAACAAAACAAAUAAACAGCUUAUG